AUGGAGAUCCCCGAUAUGGCUGCCAGUCAAAUAUCAUGUAGACAACGUGUAAUACAUGGAGAAAGGCAAGCAUUGCUAGCCCGUCGUAACAAGCACUUUGCAACAUGGCGUGACAAGAAACAGUCUGCCUUGAUAGAAGAAAGUCCAGCUGAGAGUGCGGAAGACGUCAAAGAUUUAGAACCUACAACACAAUCAGUCGUCAUUAACAAUGAAAAUACCCCUCCGGCCCCUCAAACUGACAACGUUGCCACGCCUCCAACACAGCCACCAGUUAACGAUGACGGUGAUGAUGAUGGCGUCAUAUUCGAGGAGGACUUCGAACAUGAGGAGGGCUACAUGUUCGGUGGUCAAGACCGAGACACCAACGUGGAUAUCGAAUUCGAUCAAGCUGACAACGCCUCUGCUUCUAUCUCUAGCGUACUCAAUCCGUACGACCACGUGUAUAGCAAUAUACCUCCAGCCACGCACAUGCUGAAGCCUGGUGAAGACUGUCAAUAUUGCAAUGCGAAGAAGUUCGAGCAUGAGACAAAGGGUUUUUGCUGCCGUAAUGGGAAUAUUAAACUAUCCACCCCAGAUACGCCAUCUGAGCUCAUGAGACUCUGGUCGAGUUCAGACACUGAUGCUAGGCACUUCCGUGACAACAUUAGGUUUUUCAACGGUCAUUUCUCAUUCACCUCGCUCUACUGUCACCUUGACAAUGGCUCAGAACUAAAGCACCUGGAGCUUUACUUCUACGAUGAUGAUUCCAAUCUAGAGCUUCGGUUUCGUCGCUGUUGCAAAGAGCUGUACCAGCAAGAUAAUGAUGUCAUUAGAAAGUUGGACCAGAGAACAUAUAACGUGCCAACCACUUCAGAGGUUGCCGUUGUUUGGGUUGAGGGGAGCGACCGCCGAAGGCAGUUUGAGAAUAGUGUUAUCCUGCAAGGGAAGAACAGAGAAGUAUAUGGCAUCCGGUCGUAUCAUGGAUGCUAUGAUGCACUGUCAUACCCUCUCUUCUUCCCUAGAGGCGAACUCGGCUGGCAUACCGACAUCCCAAAGGUUGGUGUGUCCAUCGAUCAGGUGAACGCAGCUCGUGCGGCUCGUAAGGCUCGUGGUAAUAAUGAUGAGGAUCCAAAUUCUGGUGGUAUGCUAUGCAUGUCCGUGCGAGAUUACUACUGCUACAAAUUCCAAAUUCGGCCAGAGAUAUUCAACCCAAUGUUGUUUGGUAAGCGUCUUUUUCAGCAAUUCGUGGUCGACACAUACAUCAAGAUUGAGAGCUCGCGACUGGACUACAUAUGGGCUCAUCAAAAGGAGUUAAGGGCGAACCUGUACCAAGGCUUGGUGGACAGCUUGCAUGCCAAUGAGGGAAGAGUAGACGCUAUUGGAAAAUGGACUGUAUUGGCUACAUCAUUUAUUGGAGGACCUCGAGACAAGAGGCGUCGGUACAUGGAUGCUAUGGCUUUAGUGCGGAAGGCGAAGCUAGAGGAACUAAAAAAGCAGUUGCUUCAAAAGGACAUUCUUGGCAAGGUGAGGGCCUAUGUCUAUGUGGUGGAGUUCCAGAAGAGGGGCCUACCACAUGCCCACCUCCUGCUCAUCAUGCAGGGGCAGUACAAGCUCACGCGUCCCGAGCAGUAUGAUUGUCUCAUCUCAGCCGAGCUCCCGAACAAGCAUAAGUAUCCUGAGCUCUAUAAGAUGGUCGUCAAGCAUAUGAUGCAUGGCCCUUGCGGUGUGCUAAACCGCGAAUGCCCGUGCACAAAGGACCGUUCAUUAUGCAAGAAUCAUUAUCCGCGUCCUUUCAACGCUACUACCUUACAGGGCAAGGACUCCUACUCGGUGUAUAGGAGACGUGAAGAUGGCCGCUGUGCAAUGGUUCGAAAACACCUGCUAGACAACAGGUGGGUCGUCCCUUAUAACCCUUACCUUCUUCAGCUGUUCAUCUGUCACAUCAAUGUUGAGGCGUGCUCGAGCAUAAAGGCCGUUAAAUACCUAUUCAAGUACAUAUACAAGGGCCAUGACCAGGCCUCUGUGACUGUGAGCGAGGCUGACAAGGCAGACAGCAACGAGGACAUAGAUGAGAUCAGGCAGUAUAGAGACGCGAGGAGGGUGACCCCUCCGGAAGCCUUGUGGAGGAUAUACGGCUUUGAAUUGAGCAAGAACUUUCCACCUGUGAUGCAGCUGGAACUUCAUCUCCCAAACAUGCACAUGGUUUCGUUUCAAGAGGGCCAAGAUAUCCGACAAGUGGUAAACUAUGAAGGUGCUGAUAAGUCAAUGCUGUCAGAGUACUUCGAGACGAAUAGAUUACAUGAGCAUGGUCGAGGUAUCUUGUACCGGGAUUUCCCCGAGUGGUAUACUUGGCAAAAAGGCAAGAAAAAGAAAUUCUAG